GGGGCCGAGGGAAGGGAACGAAGGUGGAGGUUGGCUGCACGACGGUGCUGGGCCGGGGGCGGAGACCGCGGUCCCCACGUGGCGAGGGACUCUGGGACGCCGCUCCUGGCUGGGGGCGGGUGCGUUCCAAAGGCCGGGGAACCCGAGUGUCCACGUCGCGUCCCACCCGCGCCGCGAGUGGCGGGGUGACGUCUCCGCCAGCGGGGCGGGGGGGGGAGUGGAGUGGAGGGGCAGGCGGAAGUGACGUAGGGCCCCAGCUCCCGGGUCUUGCGGCGGCGGCGGCGGCGGCGGCGGCAGCGGCGGCGGCAGGAGCUACUGUUUGAGCAGCGGCUGUGGACCGAGCGAACUCGGCCCGGAGUCGGUACCCCGGGCGCGGCGCUGCGGCAGCGGUAGCUGAGCGACUGCGGGACCCUGCCCACCUCUUCUCCUCCUCCGCGGAGGAGCCCCGGAGGGGGUCGGUACUAGCUCACCAUGACGACGCCGGCGAAUGCCCAGAAUGCCAGCAAAACGUGGGAACUGAGCCUGUAUGAGCUCCACCGAACCCCGCAGGAAGCCAUCAUGGAUGGCACAGAGAUUGCAGUUUCCCCUCGGUCACUGCACUCAGAACUCAUGUGUCCCAUCUGCCUGGACAUGCUGAAGAAUACAAUGACCACCAAGGAGUGCCUCCACCGAUUCUGCUCUGACUGCAUUGUCACGGCCCUGCGGAGCGGGAACAAGGAGUGCCCCACCUGCCGCAAGAAGCUGGUAUCCAAACGAUCUUUACGCCCAGACCCUAACUUUGAUGCCCUGAUCUCGAAAAUCUAUCCCAGCCGGGAGGAAUAUGAGGCCCACCAGGACCGUGUGCUCAUCCGUCUCAGCCGCCUGCACAACCAGCAGGCACUGAGCUCCAGCAUCGAGGAGGGGCUGCGCAUGCAGGCCAUGCACAGGGCCCAGCGUGUGAGACGGCCGAUGCCUGGGUCAGAUCAGACCACCACCAUGAGUGGAGGGGAAGGAGAACCAGGGGAGGGAGAGGGGGAUGGAGAGGAUGUGAGCUCAGACUCUGCCCCUGACUCUGCCCCAGGCCCUGCUCCCAAGCGACCCCGUGGAGGGGGUGCAGGCGGGAGCAGUGUAGGGACAGGGGGAGGAGGCACUGGUGGGGUGGGUGGGGGUGCUGGUUCUGAAGACUCUGGUGACCGGGGAGGGACCUUGGGAGGGGGUACCCUGGGCCCCCCAAGCCCUCCUGGGGCUCCUAGUCCCCCCGAGCCAGGUGGAGAAAUUGAGCUCGUGUUCCGGCCCCACCCACUGCUCGUGGAGAAGGGAGAAUACUGCCAGACUAGGUAUGUGAAGACAACUGGGAAUGCCACAGUGGACCAUCUCUCCAAGUACCUGGCCCUGCGCAUAGCCCUGGAGCGGAGGCAGCAGCAAGAGGCCGGGGAGCCAGGAGGGCCUGGAGGGGGCGCCUCUGAUGCUGGGGGACCUGAUGGGGGUAGCGGGGAGGGCGGGGGUGCUGGAGGAGGUGACAGCCCGGAAGAGCCUGCCUUGCCCAGUCUGGAGGGUGUCAGUGAAAAGCAGUACACCAUCUACAUCGCCCCUGGGGGUGGAGCUUUCACGACACUAAAUGGCUCUCUGACCCUGGAGCUGGUGAAUGAGAAAUUCUGGAAGGUGUCUCGGCCAUUGGAACUCUGCUAUGCUCCCACCAAGGAUCCAAAGUGACCCCACAAGGGGACAGUCGGAGGAUGGAGACCAUGGGGUAUCCCUGUGUCCUGUCCACCACCCAGCUUUUGUCCCCCAGUGCCCUCCCAGCCUGGCCAGCCAGCAAGAGGACACAAAUGAGGACAUGUGGCUUUUCUACAAAGUAUAUCAGAUUCUUCUAUAUUGUACAGAGCAGGGCGUGUACCCCAUCCACUGCCUUUUCUAUUGCCCCAAACCUCCCAUCUACAUGAGACGUUGGGUAAGCAGAAUAACCCUCCUUUCACAUCCUCUGCCAACAACAAAUUUGCUUUUGUUCCUCUUUGAAA